UAUCUUUGGUUUACGGAAACCUAAUUUCCGUCCAACUUGUCCUUCACGUAUUAUUGUCCUCCUCGUAGAACCGUCUAGUCUCCUACAUCCGCCGGGUCUUUAAUCCGCGAGGCAAUCAUGCGGAAGUAAGCUUGAGAACUGUUGGGGUCGUCUCUGUGCGCAAGGGACCAGCACCUGCAGCAGCAACCAGACACCGGCUCGGCACCUUUGCCAUUUCGCUCACCGUCCAUUUUCUCUCGUUCCCCGCAGCGGCAGCAGCUCUCGAAACCCCCUUGGCUAGCGAUAAUAUUUAUCGCACACGAAUCGCACACGAUGUCAAACCUGCUCCAAGACCACCUGCUUCAGCAGCCGUGUCGGCAGCAGCAGGAGUUUUGAGGCGCCACAAAACAGCUCUCGCAACCCCCUUGGCAAUCGAUAAGAAUAUUUCAUCGCUUAGGAUCAUGUCAAACGUGCUCCAACAGCACCUGCUUCAGCAGCCGGAUCGGCAGCAGCAGGAACAGCAGCUGCUGCCGCCGUUGCAACAAUGGCGGCAUCACCAGGACACACCCCCGCAAUCGGCGGCGGAUUCACUCGCGGAGCCCCUUUCUCUCUAUCGCAUUUGCCGUGAGAGGAUUCGAGGAGCGAGCUUGUAUGCGUUGGAUGGUAGCAAUAUAGCUGAUGGUCCUGGUGUUACUGUAAAUGCACCAUCACCUCUGAUCGCAUCUGGGCCGUUGAUCUCGCACUCGUCUCGCAAUCCAACAGGUCGGCAGCUCCUGCACAUGCCGUUUGGCUCAGCACCUGCGGCAGCGGUGACAGCAGCAACACCAGCACAAGCAUCUGUACAAGCAGCGCUGCCAGCAGGCGAAGGACCAGCAGCAGAAGCCGCAGCAGGGAUUUCAGCACGAGACGAAGCCGCAGCUGCACGGUUAGGGUUAGGAGCAGAGCGACGGAGUGGAGACGAAGUCACGGAGAUGGACGCUGGUGUUGUUCCCCAUGGGGAAGAAUCAGGGGACGCAUCACCUGUGUUUCAGCUGCAAUGUAUGGCGGCUGAAUCUGGGAGGGUUGUGGAGCCAAGUGGAGAGCUGGAGAGAUGGCUGCAGAUGAGACAAGAAAGUCAACAGAGUCAACAGGGUCAGGAACGGGUGCGGAGUCAACAACGGCAGAGACGGAAGGGGAGAGCAGGCGAGGAAGCGGAGGAUGGGGGGGAGAGGGAAGAGGGAGUGGUGGGUGAGGAUGAGGGGGAGGGGGAGGAGGAGGGGGCGGAGGAGGGGGAGGGAGAUGAGGGAGGGAAGAGAGCAAACAAGAGGAGGAGAGAGCGAAGGCAGCAGUGGCAGCAGGAUGACGGAAGGGGAGGGAUGGAUGGGGCAGCAUGUGAAGUAUGUCCUUCUCCGGAGCAUCUGCUGCACUCACAUGUCCAGAUGUUCAAGUCUAUCCGCAGAAGACAUCAGGAGGAAUUUAUUGUUAGAGCCAAGAAGUCCAUGAAACAACUCCGAGCGAUAUUGGUUCCUGCAGGAGGCCAUACCCCACUCUCAUCGUCUCUUGUGCUCCCAUCUAUUGAUGAUUCGUAUAUAAUGCGCUGUCUAGGGAUAACCGGCCAAUUGAUUUAGUGGGAUUCACAAAAGCAAAACGUGUCUUAUUGUUAUGCUCUUGAGAUGUGUCACAUUGUAUUCGUAUUGUGCA